AUGGCUUCUUCAUCUUCUUCACUGUGUCAAUCUGAAUAUGACGUGUUCUUGAGUUUUCGAGGCGAAGACACUUGGAAAAGUUUUGUGGGCCAUCUCUACACUGCUCUGGAACAGAGAGGAAUCAGGUCCUUCAAAGAUGAUGAAAGGCUUGAGCAAGGAAAAUCCAUUUCUUUGGAUCUCCGGAAAAGUAUCAAUGAAUCCAGCAUUGCUGUGAUCAUUUUCUCCAAAAACUACGCUAAUUCAUCACGGUGCUUGGAUGAAUUGGUGGAGAUCCUUGUGUGCAUGAGGACCAAGGGACUAAUAGUUUUGCCCAUCUUUUAUGAUGUCAAAGCAUCGCAAAUUCGAAAGCAGAAGGGAAGUUUCGCGAAAGCAUUUGAACAGCAUGAAAAAAAUUCUCGAGGAGGAGAUGGAAAGGGUGCAGAGGUGGAGGGCUGA